AUGGUGCGUUUGCUGCACGCUCCGUUGUUGAGCUUGUCAGCCUUUGGCGUGCAGGCGAUUGACAAUGGGAUAGGACUAACGCCGCCGCGUGGAUGGAGGUCAUGGAAUGCCUUCGACUGCUUGGAGCCAAAGCGCAUCCUGACGCAGGCACACAUGCAGGCGCAGAUGGAGGCUGUGCUUGACAGAUCCCGCCUGGUCGAUGGCAAGCAGACGAGCCUGGCCGAGCUGGGCUUCGAUUGGAUUAGCAUGGACGAUGGAUGGCAGCAUUGCAACUGCAGUGUGCGCCAGGAUCUAGAUCCAACUUUGCCACAGUGCGACGGCAAUCUUUGCUUUGGUGGCCAUUGCUCCUGGCACGACUCCAGGGGAAUGCCCAUUGUACGGAAAGACCGCUUCCCGGACAUGAAGGGGCUGGUGAACUUUGGUCAUUCUCGAGGUCUCAAAGUGGGAACAUAUCUCAACACUUGCAUUUGCAAUGAGCAUGGGCCGACACAUUACGCUCAAGAUGUAAGCUGGAUGGUGGAUCAGAUGGACUUCGACGGCGUGAAAAUCGAUAGCUGCGGCAGCUCUCAGAAUGUUUCGCACUGGGCAGAGCUGUUCAACCGCACAGGAAAGGCCAUACGUAUUGAGAAUUGCCACAACUCCUGGCCAGACUUUCGAACUGGCUUCUGUCCCAUGAACUUCUUCCGCACAGGAGGUGAUAUUAGUCCCAGCGUCAGCUCCAUCGUGGAAGAGGCAUAUGCUACGGUUAAUGCCGCCGACUUACCCGAGCCACGUUCGCGGCCAGGUUGCUGGGCGUAUCCCGACAUGAGUGAGGUGGGCAACUUUCCACAAGGACCGCACCAGCAAGACCAAGAGCGAACACAUUGGGGGCUGUGGUGCAUCGUGUCGUCACCGUUGAUUCUGGGGUUCGACUUGCAAGAUGGAGCCAAGCUGGACAGAGUCUGGCCCAUCAUCACGAACACAGAUGCGCUCGCAGUUUCAGCUUCAUGGCACGGGCACCCCGGCACUCUGAUCAAAGCCUAUCCAUCUUCGUCUUCGAAGAUGCAAGCCGUGUUGGACGAAUGUGAUGGGAGUCCGGCCACCGUGGGAUGGCAGCUCAACCAAGGCCGCUUGGUUGCUCCGAAGGCUCUUCUGGAAGGGGCCUUGUGCCUCCGCUCAGAGACUGGUGGCCCAUGCCCUCCGCCAACAACUUUCUCAAACGAGACACGCUGCGGCUUGGCCUUGGGCAACUGCAGUGAGCUACCUCCAGGAAGUCAGUGGAAUUCUGUGCAGAACACGAUCCAGUGGUGGGACGGGCACAAGACCACUACAAAGCCAAAGUGCUUGUAUGCAGUCCCCGCAGACUUCAACACCUCAGCUGGGUAUUUCGUGCGGAAGCCUCCUACUGUGGGAUUAACCGCGUGCCCCGAGCAAGAGCAGCUUUCAAUUCAAGAUUAUGUGGAUAGCAAGCCAGCACAAGGUGCAGAGCAAUGCGACUUCAAGAGUCUCGUCCAAAAUACCCGCAAGGCCUCCUUCAAGAACACGCAAUGUCACUCCAUCUCGUCCAGUCUCAACUUUACGCUGACAUCUCACGGCGAACUGCAGUCACCUGUUGGCUGCCUGCGCAUUGUCAACAGCAGUGGCGUACAACUUUGGGCUAAGCCACUCGAGCCGUCGGCAGUCGCAGUACUGUUGAUCAAUCCUUCUGACGAGCAGCAGCACUUGGCUUGGCCGAUCAAGGAUGUUCCAAGUCGCUUUACAGGCGAGGGACAAAGCCGUGCAAACUUCGAAUGCGUGCCCGGCAAGUGCAUGGCACGUGAUGUGUGGAACAAGUCGACCUUCGCUGUCAAGUCUGAUGUUCUUUCGAUUUCUUUGGGCCCAUGGGCCAGUGCAUUCUAUAUCCUGCGGUCUGGCAGAUCGGGCACUGGCAGUGAUGGUCACGACCCGUGGAACUCCAUGGUAGUUUGA